AUGUCACAGAAUCAAAACACCACACCCGCAAAGGACGAAGAACCCAAGAAGCUGGAAGAUCUGGAGGAUAACACGGUCCUCGAGGUCGUCACCCAUAGUCUCCAGCGCGACAACCUUGCCCCGGGGGGUCUUGUGCUCCGGGAGAAUUUCAGUGCUCUGGAUCGACGGCAUCUGCCAUAUCCGAAAUGGCGCUGCAAUGAAUGUCACUUCGAAUUCGCGACUGCCAAACUGCGCGACCGCCACGAGGCCAGCCACUGGCAUACUUCCGGUGGAGAGUCACUAGGCAUGUCGUUCAUGGGGUAUCAAGCUCUCCUAGACCGGAUUCCGGAACCCUCCCGGCAGCUGGUUUUUGAAGAGUUCAUCAACUCGCCUCGAGACUACAAGCACGAUGGCCUGCCCCCGGCGCCUGAUAUCUAUCGGGUUCCGUAUGUCGGGACCGAGGAGGCAAGCACCUUGAAAUCGACCAAGCGAUGA